UACCAGCUGUUUCCUUAGGUCGCAGGCCAUGGUGCAAGGGACAUGAGGGGCGACAGAAGCUUCCUACUGGAUGAGCGCAGAGAGCGCCAGCGAUCCUGGUCGCUGGAGGCAGCGCCUCCGUGAAUACAAAGCGCCUGGCUGCGGCCCAGCCUCCGGCCCCACUUGCUGGCCUCAGAGCCGUCGGAGGAGGCCAUUUUCCUCCUCCAGGGCCCAAGAAUCAAAGAGACAUGAGGCAGGUUAGCAGGAAAAACCCAAACCAAGUUUAGUAACAUGCAUACCUGGGAAAGACCCAGGAAAACCCAGCAACUCCUCAAAACGGCCCAAACCCUCGCCCCAAGUACCAUCAACAGCUAAGGACAAAGGAGGGCGUCCGGGGAGCGUGGCUUUGGACGAGGCGGGGGAGGAAGGCCGUUCUGACCGCGAUGGAGAAGCAAAGUUUUGGUAAAGCGACUGUUCGCGCUGCCGCGCAGAGGAGGGCCAGAGGGGGCCAGGUGCCUGCGAGUCCUCACCCGGCGGCCUGCUCGGCUGCAUCUCUUGUGAGCACGUCCCGAAACUGGCCCUCCAUCUAGAUUCUGAUUCAGGCAGCUACGGCGGAUGCCAGAGCUUCUUCCUGAGUCUUCUGGGCUUGUUUGUUUUCGGCUCAAAAUAAUCCUGUACCAAAGAGACAUUUUGGGGAGGCAAGCUUCACUGCACAGCCCUGUUUUCAUCAGACAGCCGGCAAUACAGGAGGACCCGGGAUGUCGGAGCUGGAGAAGGCCGUGGUGGCCCUGAUUGACGUCUUCCAUCAGUAUUCUGGGAGGGAGGGGGACAAGCACAAGCUGAAGAAAUCCGAACUCAAGGAGCUCAUCAACAGCGAGCUUUCCCACUUCCUGGAGGAAAUCAAAGAGCAGGAGGUCGUGGACAAAGUCAUGGAGACACUGGACAGCGAUGGAGAUGGCGAGUGUGACUUCCAGGAAUUCAUGGCUUUUGUCGCCAUGGUUACCACUGCCUGCCACGAGUUCUUUGAACACGAGUGAACUGGAGAAAACCGACACGCAGUUCCUGCAGCGGAGACGUGCGCGUCGUGCAGGGCAGUGGAGGCAGGGCUUUGGCAGGACAGUAGGCGCUGAGCUUUCCGGCUGUGUUGUAGCUAAUUAGGAAGCUUGAUUUGCUUUGUGAAUGGAAAAUUUAAACCUCUUUCCAGGGGCAGUUUUUAGUGGCCCCCGUCAUUGCUCCUGCAAUAGUAAGCAUACAGUUAGCUGACUGGUCCCAGGACUGCUGGUAAUCUUCAUUUAGGAAAGUCAGUUCUCGGUCACGAAGCGUGUGCUCUCCUAGCUGUGUAGACCCUUAGCCCAGAAAAAACAAACUGACCAGGAGCAUUGGGGUUUUCUUAAGCUUCCACUACAUUUAAAAAUACGAAGCCUUGUCCACUAUCCUUCGCAAAGGCUGCCCUUCGUUAAAUCUGUUCCUCACUGGGGCAAAUGAGACCUAUCAUGGGAGGGUGGCCUGACCAUCUGUGCCACCCACCCAAAGAGCGCGGCCACAUCUAGAUCCCUUCCCUGCGGUGUGCUGUGAUUGUCGCGCAUGUGAUGCUGCCAGUUCUGGGUGGAACAUCUGCCUCAGAAAGCAAGUGCUGACAUUAUCACUGUGAUUGGAACUGAGAAUGGAAAUUCUACCCUCGGUGGGGUUCUCCUCAGAGGAACACUCGCUGCCAGAUCUGGGGGGGCCACGUGGCUCAGGUGGCACGAGCGGGAGCAGGGGAGCUCAGGUGGGUCUCACGCUGCCUUGGAGACAGCUGUGCCCACCUCCUGCCCAGUCUGUAGAAGGAGGGCUUCCGGAAGAUGUGUCUGGUCCGCUGGAGAAGGUCGUUCCUGACCUGUGGAAUGUGAAGCCAGGGAGCCUAUUUAUGGCCUUUAUGCUUCUGUGUCCACAAAUUCAAAUACAUCAAGUUUCAAAUCAAAUAGUCAAGUUGCAAAUGCUAGAAAUCACUUCCAAGAAAAUUCAAAUUACGCUUUCCACCCUUUUUCUGAUUUGCUGUUUUUAAGGACAGACUUGGGAGAUUCACGAACCAAUUGAUCGCUUGUAUUUGCAUUAAAUAAAAAGCAUUGUAACAAGUCUCCGAAGCUGUUAAACAUGAAAUAAAAGCUAAAUGCCUGCAAAACCA